UUUAAACUAUUCAUUUUCAUCAUGUCCUCUUCUGCUGGUGGUAGAGUUCUAACUGAGGAAGAGGCAGAAAGACUAUUGGAGAGGGACAAGGAUUGUAUCAGUGAUUUCAAGAGGAACAAGCUUGAGAUGGACGCCAAGAAAAACUGGGAUCUAUUUUACAAGAGAAACUCUACCCAUUUCUUCAAGGAUCGUCACUGGAUUACAAGAGAGUGUCCACAACUACAGAGCAUCCUACAUGAAGUUGAUAAACCAGUUCUAUUGGAGGUUGGUUGUGGCGUGGGAAAUGCUGUCCUUCCAUUGUUAGAAGAACACGGGCAGGAUAUGUUUGUGUAUGCAUGUGACUUCUCACCAAGAGCCAUUGAAUAUCUUAAGUCUGAUCCAUUAUUUGAUGAAAGCAAAAACUGCCGAGGGUUUGUCUGUGACGUAACUAAGGAUCCUCUCACUCACAAUGUACCACCAAACUCUGUGGACAUUGCUCUGCUUAUAUUUGUCCUCUCUGCCAUUAGUCCAGAGAAAGUGAAAUCUGUUCUUACAAAUAUCUCAACAGUGCUAAAGAUUGAUGGAGGAUUAGUGUUUUUUAGAGACUAUGGUCUGUACGAUCAUGCCAUGCUGAGGUUCUCUAAAGGUCACAAGAUAUCGGAGAACUUUUAUAUGCGACAGGACGGGACAAGAGCCUAUUAUUUCUCUGAAAGUGAAGUGAGUGACCUUUUCUCUUCUGCUGGUUUUGAUGUUAUUGAGAAUUCUUAUGUCGAGCGUGAAACCGUUAAUCAUAAAGAGGGCGUGUCAGCCAGACGGAUAUUUGUACAGGGAAAGUACAAAGUCUCUUCGAAACCAAAGCAAGGAAUUAGUCACUGACUUAUUUUUAGUAUUGGGGAAAAAUUAAUUUUUUAAAGCACAAAAUCAUAA